AGCGCAGUUUCAUUUCUGACUUUGCAAUGUGCGCUCAAAAGAAUAAUUAAUUCUGCAAUGAAACAGAACCAAACAACUUUUCAUAUAUAUUGAAGAAAUUCUUACAGCUCAACUAAAGGAAUUCAAGGAAUUACAGGAAUUUAUUUCAUUUUAUCAGACAACAUGUUACCAAAACCGUCUCUUUUCUUUUAUGGUCUUCUUUCUAUUGUUCUUGAAAGGUGCAGGUGAUGUAACGCUGGUCUAAAAUGAUGGGUAACUGUGGCUCUGGUUAGAUGAGGGCCCAGCUUUACGUAAGAUGCCUUGUCCCCUGCCCCGGUACCCGUCUCAGUGAUGAAGAGCGCCCCUACCAUCUUCCUCCUCACUCUGUCUGUCUUGUGUAGAGCUGAGAGUGUGAGCGGUAAGACUGUUAAGGACACAGUGCAAGAAUGGAACAGGUAUCGGAAUGAAUGCCUAAGUAAGAUAAGCGCACAACCCACCCCCUCAGGCUUGUUUUGCAAACCCAUGUUUGAUAUGUAUGCUUGUUGGACAAAUGGAGUUCCUAACACAACUGUUAAAGUACCCUGCCCCUGGUAUCUGCCCUGGUAUGAUCAAGUGCGUAAUGGGUUUGUGAAACGGGACUGUGGACCAGAUGGCCAGUGGCAAACUGUCAACAGCAGUCGCACCUGGAGAGAUCACUCACAAUGUGAUGCAGACAGCAGAAAGCAGUUAGCACAGGAGAAUCAGAUGCUGAUCUUGGCCUAUUUCAGGGUGAUAUAUACCAUUGGCUACUCGCUGUCUUUGGCCAGUCUGUCUUUAGCGCUAGUCAUACUUCUCAUAUUCAGGAAGCUUCGUUGCACACGGAACUACAUCCACACCAACCUGUUUGCCUCAUUUAUCCUGCGAGCUCUGUCCAUCCUCACGAGAGACGCUCUUCUCAUGAAAGACGCUCCUGAGUUCAGAGACAACAAAGAUGUUUCCAUUGUUCUUAGUGAACAGGUGAUGUCAAGCUGCCGUGUGGCCCAGGUCCUUAUGCAGUACUGUGUUGGGGCCAAUUACUAUUGGCUGCUGGUAGAAGGCCUCUAUCUUCACAAUCUUCUGGUGCUAAUGGUCUUCUCAAAGAAUAGUUACUUCUGCGUAUACCUCUUCAUCGGCUGGGGAACUCCUGUGUUGUUUGUGGUGCCUUGGAUUGUUGUGCGUUACCUGCAUGAAAACACAAGGUGCUGGGAGAUCAACGAGAAUCUGGGAUAUUGGUGGAUCAUUCGAACGCCAAUAGUUUUGGCAAUUUUAGUGAACUUUUUCAUAUUUAUAAGGAUCAUUCAGAUCCUCAUCUCUAAAUUAAAAGCACAUCAGAUGAGAUAUACAGAUUACAAAUUUAGGUUAGCGAAGUCCACGCUGACUCUCAUUCCCCUGUUGGGGAUUCAUGAGGUUGUGUUUGCCCUGUUGACAGCGGAACAGACUGAGGGUGUGCUUCACAAUCUCAACCUAUUCUUCGAACUAUUCUUCAACUCUUUUCAGGGUUUUCUGGUGGCCAUAUUAUACUGCUUUGUCAAUAAAGAGGUGCAGUCAGAAAUCAAAAAGAAAUGGCAGCGAUGGAAACUGGGAAUAAGCAUUUUGGACGAGCAGCGGAACACAGGCAGCAACACACAGCAGGGAGGUGCCAUGCCUCUGUGCCACCAUAACCCACCCUGUUCCCAUGAGUGUCCUCUUGACAGUGCCAGCCAACUGUCCUCCGAUCCAACACCGUCAGGCAGCCAACUGAGCACUCAGCAUCACUAUCAUCCUGGAGCAAAGAAAGGAAAAGCGUACUGCUAUGUGUCUGCCAAAAAGCAGGUUCAAAACGUGUUGGAACUGUCUGCUUUGCCCCAGUGUGAAGGCGAGGGUGGAGUGAAGUAUACAGAGAGCUACUGCUGACAGCUGGGGUUUAGAUUUUAUCCCUGUGAACGUCGAUUGAAGCUAGAUGUGGAGUAUGGGACCUGUGACCCGAACUGUGACAAUUGUAGAGUUGUUUUUUGGCGUAUAUUGAUACACACUUGGAUUCUUUUUAUUGAAUACUCCUGAAAUAUUGCACUUGAAUAGUCGAUGAAUGAAUAACUAGAAACUGGGCAUCAAUGAUCGAGCAUGGCAGGCUACGUUUUUGUUAUUUGAUCUUUAACACUAUACCUCAACUCACCAGAUGACGUCUAUUGAGUGCCAACAUUGUGGAUCAACUGAAACGUGUACAUAACACAACACAAAGUUACUGAGAUGUUUUUGAUAGCAUGAGUGUUGUAUGUUGAAUGUAAAAAUACCAGUAUAUUUACAGGUAAGGCACACAAACAUCACCUAGCCUGUAAGGUCCCCCAUCAAUACACUGGCAUCAAAAAGAAUAUGGAUAGUAACCACACGUAAAAAUUUAUAAUGUUAAAUCACAUAAAUUAUAAAAACAACUGAGACUUAUUUACGCUUCAUCUACUGUACAGUAAAGCUUUACAUUCACAUGUUACUUAUUUGGGUAUUACAAUACCAAAUGAACAUGUUCCACCCAUUGUUGUCUUAAACCCAAAACUUAGCGCACAUACUUUUUAAAUGCAUGACAUAUUAUUUUGUAUAUUAUUUAUGAAAAUGCACAAACAUUUUGUGUGGCUUAGACCAAACCAUUUUGUGACCACUGGAUACAUACACCCAUCAAAAUAAUAGCAAAGACAUAAUAAAUGGCUAAAUUACAACAGUAUGUUUUUCAAUCACAAAAAUCGAUAGAGAUAUCCUUCGACGUCAUCUUCAUAAGCCAUUUUUAUAGUAAAGCACAAGUGCCUCUCUAGGUCUGAGGUCUGUGAGGUGUUAUAUCAUUCUUAUAUAACCGAGGGAGCAGCAAGGUCUGCUUCCAUUCUCUUUAACAACAGGAAUCUAAUUCCUUCUUUAUGGUUUUGCAUUCCACUUAAUGGUGUAAUUCCCUUUUUUGGUGCCAUGACAGAAACCCAGAGUUUCUGCGAAAGCAUUUCAAAUGGAUUAGCAGGUGAUUUACUUAAUGAACAACAGUAAUAUGGACCACUAUGUUCACAUCACUAUGGACAAACUCUGUUUGAGAUGCAAUGGUUUCAGUGCCUAAAAUUGCUCAUUUGUUAGAAGAAUAUUUUAAAACAAGGUAAUAUUCUUUUAGGAUGAAAUUUAUUUGAUUGAGAAGCAUGGUUCAGCUAUCACAAUUUAACAUCGGUACGUUAGGAAGUGACAUCAUUAAACAGUGAUAAAAGAUAUUUUGAGAGAAAAAUGUCAACAGUAAAUUCUUCAAACGUGACCCUGGAUCAAAAAGUAAGUAGGACGGGAACAUUUUUAGUAUAAUACAAAAAUACAUUGUAUGGGUCAAAAUAAAAGAUUUUUCUUUUAUGCCAAAAAUCAUAAGAAUAUAAAGUAAAGAUCAUGUUCCAUGAAGAUAUUUAGUAAAUUUCCUACCUGAAAUAUAUAAAAGCUUUAUUUUUGAGAGUGAAUGGCCUGCCGCAGUGCCCCUGGUUAACAACUUCAAAGGCGAUUUUCUAAAUAUUUUGAUUUUUUUGCACUCUCAGAUUCCUGAGUUUUAAACUGUUGUAUCUCAAGCCAAAUAUUGUCAUAUUCUUACAACUCAUACAUCAAUAUAAAUCCUAUUUAUUCAGCCUUCAGAUUAUGCAAAAAUCUCAAUUUCAGAAAAUGUUUUCCAGGGUAACAAAUUACAGUUAAUUUGUAAAAAAUAUAUUUUUAGGCACGUGCUCAAUCGUAAAAAUCACUAAACAAUAAUACAUUUUUCUGUCUAAAUAAUGACAGGUUGAAAAUAAUAAAUUAUGAAAACAU